AUGUUUACCUCUACGGGCUCCCGGGGCCUCUACAAAGCUCCUCUGUGUAAAGGCCUGCUGCUGGUGCUGAAUGGACUGACUGUGAUGCUCACCCUCCUGCCUCAAUACCAACACAUGUUUGAGUACAAUCUGCUGGCGAUUACUCAACAGAACCAGUUGUGGAGAUUUCUAUGUGGAAGAAUAGUGUGCCUCGACAUCAAAGACUCAUUUUGCAGUAGUCUACUCAUCUACAACUUCCGCAUCUUUGAGAGGAGAUUAGGCACUCGCAGGCUGGCUUCGUUCCUACUGGGCACCUGGUUUCUGUCCGCGCUGAUGGACUUCCUAUUGGUCCAGGGCUUUCAGCUUCUCUUUGACUCUGAGGUUGAGGAACUUCCUGCUGGAAUGCUUGCACCAGUCUUCUCUCUUUUUGUGCCUUUUUAUACUUCAAUCCCCAGGAUGCCAGUGACACAGAUCUUGGGUCAAAUCUAUAUAACUAAUAAGUCUCUGGUUUACAUCGUUGGCUUGCAGCUGCUGACAUCCAGUCCUUUCAUGUGGCUUCUUGCUCUCAGUGGUCUGAUAUCCGGUGCAUUGUACCGCUGCAAUUUUCUCAAGAUGCAAAAGCUUGUAUUCGUGCCUUUAUGGAUCUCUCGGUUGGGACGCUGCACCCUGGAGCCAAUUUUUUCAAGUACGCAGCCUGCCAACGAAACACCUCUAGGAAUGGGUGCUACACUAGACAUCCAGAGGCAGCAGAGGAUGGACAUGCUGGACCAACAGUUGCUGUUGGCUCAGUACAAUGACGCCCGGAGAAAUACAAGAGUUCAGCCUCAGGGGGGUCUGUUACAGUGGAGGAGGUUGUUCCCAUCAUUACGUCACAGAGGUCAGAAUCGUCCCGCUGCACAGCCGCAGCCACAGGGUCAGGCUCAUUCCUCUACAUCAGUGGCUGCUGUGGACAACACUCCUGCUGCUGAAGACCAGGUUGAAAGACUAGUGGAAAUGGGCUUUUCCAGAACCGACGCCCUUGAAGCUCUGAGAGCCUCAAACAAUGAUAUCAACAUGGCCACCAAUUUCCUCCUGCAGCACUGA